AUUUUCUCUGUCACUUCCUGCUGAUACGCACGGAAAUUAUUGGACGCACUCUGCGGAAACCACGUGCAGUUGCUGCUAAAAUGUAGUGCAGCAGCUUGCAUUAGUCGCAAAGGAAAUAAAACUGCAUGGAGAAUCUUUUCGUUCAGAACGAAGCACGUUAGACAGAUUUGUGAAGAGCGUUGUAAUUUGGGUUUAAUAAGCGCACCUACCCGCUGACGGUUUGACACCGAGAUGUAUCUGUACAACUUCAUCUUGCAACGUGCCACCGGCAUCACGCAUGCCGUGCACGGAAGCUUUGCCGGCACCAAAUUGCAGGAAAUUUUGCUUGCCAAGGGCAAAGGUUUGGAGCUGGUACGUCCGGAUCCGAACACGGGCAAGGUUCAUACGUUGCUGCAGACCGAAGUGUUCGGCGUCGUACGUUCGCUGAUGUCCUUCCGACUUACGGGCGGGUCGAAAGAUUAUGCCGUGAUUGGCUCGGAUUCGGGACGCAUUGUGAUACUGGAAUACAAUCCGGUGAAGAAUCAGCUCGAAAAGGUUCAUCAGGAAACGUUCGGCAAAUCAGGAUGUCGGCGCAUCGUUCCCGGCCAAUAUUUGGCAAUCGAUCCCAAAGGCCGUGCCGUCAUGAUCGGUGCGGUCGAAAAGCAAAAGUUGGUUUACAUCUUGAACCGCGAUUCCGAAGCCCGGCUUACCAUUUCGUCCCCGUUGGAGGCGCACAAAUCCAACACGCUAACCUACCACAUGGUGGGCGUAGAUGUCGGCUUUGAAAAUCCAAUGUUUGCCUGUCUGGAGAUCGAUUACGAGGAGGCUGACACGGAUACAACGGGUGAAGCGGCUACCAAGACGCAGCAAACGCUCACCUUCUACGAGCUCGAUCUGGGACUGAACCACGUUGUGCGCAAGUAUUCGGAACCGCUUGAAGAACAUGCCAACUUCCUAAUAUCCGUACCCGGUGGAAACGACGGUCCGUCCGGUGUGUUGAUCUGCUCGGAGAACUAUUUGACGUACAAAAAUUUGGGCGAUCAGCACGACAUCCGCUGUCCGAUCCCGCGUCGCCGCAAUGAUCUGGACGAUCCUGAGCGGGGCAUGAUAUUCAUCUGCUCGGCCACGCAUCGCACCAAAUCGAUGUACUUCUUCCUGGUGCAAACGGAGCAGGGCGAUAUCUUCAAAGUGACGCUCGAAACCGACGAUGACGUGGUGUCGGAGAUAAAGCUCAAGUACUUCGACACGGUACCACCAGCGACGGCCAUGUGCGUGCUGAAAACCGGUUUCCUGUUUGUGGCUUGCGAAUUCGGCAAUCACUAUCUGUACCAGAUCGCGCAUCUGGGCGAUGAUGAUGAUGAACCGGAAUUCAGUUCUGCGAUGCCACUGGAGGAGGGCGAUACGUUCUUCUUUGCACCGAGACAGCUGAAGAAUUUGGUUAUGGUGGACGACAUUCCAUCAUACGCGCCGAUCCUCGGCUGUCAGGUCGGAGAUCUUGCUAACGAGGACACGCCGCAGCUGUACUUGGCGUGCGGUCGGGGACCUCGUUCCUCCAUCCGGGUGCUGAGACAUGGUCUGGAGGUGUCGGAAAUGGCCGUAUCGGAGCUGCCCGGUAACCCGAAUGCUGUGUGGACCGUCAAGAAAAGAAUCGACGACGAGUUCGAUGCGUACAUCAUCGUAUCGUUCGUAAAUGCAACGCUUGUGCUGAGCAUUGGUGAUACGGUCGAGGAAGUGACGGACAGUGGCUUCCUCGGUACGACGCCGACCCUUUGCUGCAGUGCGCUCGGCGAUGAUGCAUUGGUGCAGGUCUACCCGGACGGUAUUCGCCACAUUCGGGCGGACAAACGCGUGAACGAAUGGAAGGCGCCGGGCAAGAAGACCAUCAUGAAGUGUGCGGUCAAUCAGCGCCAGGUGGUAAUUGCGCUUUCCGGUGGCGAGCUCGUGUACUUCGAAAUGGACCCGACUGGUCAAUUGAACGAGUAUACGGAGCGCAAGAAAAUGCCCAGCGAAGUGAUGUGCAUGGCGCUGGGAUCGGUGCCCAGUGGUGAACAACGGUCCUGGUUUUUAGCCGUCGGUUUGGCCGACAACACCGUGCGCAUUAUAUCACUGGAUCCGACGGAUUGCUUAUCGCCCCGUUCCAUGCAGGCUCUACCCUCAGCAGCUGAAUCACUGUGCAUCGUCGAAAUGGGCACAGUCGAGUCGUCCGAGGAUGACGGCGUCACAACCACGACUGGAUGCAUUUAUCUAAACAUUGGCCUAACGAACGGGGUGUUGUUGCGCACGGUACUGGAUCCGGUUUCGGGUGACCUGGCUGACACGCGAACACGCUACCUUGGCUCACGACCGGUCAAGCUGUUCCGCAUUCAGAUGCAAGGUUCAGAAGCGGUCCUGGCAAUGUCGAGUCGUUCCUGGCUGAGCUAUUACUAUCAGAACCGUUUCCAUCUAACGCCUCUCUCGUACGAAACACUCGAGUACGCUUCCGGAUUCUCAAGCGAACAGUGCUCGGAAGGUAUUGUGGCCAUCUCGACGAACACGCUGCGAAUUCUUGCGCUCGAGAAGCUAGGAGCCGUUUUCAACCAGAUAACCUUCCCACUGGAGUAUACCCCGAAACGGUUCGCCAUUCAUCACGAGACGGGCAAGCUGAUCAUCAGCGAGACGGACCACAACGCGUACACGGAGGAAACGAAAACUAUCCGCAAAAAGCAGAUGGCGGACGAAAUGCGUGAAGCGGCCGGAGAAGAUGAACAGGAGCUGGCAAACGAAAUGGCGGACGCCUUCAUCAAUGAAGUGUUGCCGGAGGAUGUGUUCUCCUCGCCAAAGGCCGGCACUGGAAUGUGGGCAUCCCAGAUUCGCGUGAUGGAUCCGAUCAACGGACACACGUACUCGAAGGUACAGCUGGCCCAGAACGAGGCGGUACUGUCACUAGCUUUGGUGCGCUUUGCUGUUGACCAGAAAUGGUAUGUGGUGGCCGGUGUGGCCAAAGAUUUGCAGAUUAAUCCCAAAAUCAGCGGCGGCGGCUUUAUCGAUGUGUACAAAGUGGAUAGCCAGACGCACCAGCUCGAGCACAUGCAUCGGACAGAGAUUGAUGAUGCGCCGGGUGCGCUCUGUCCGUUCCAGGGGCGACUUCUGGCCGGUAUCGGAAAGGUGUUACGCAUCUACGACCUGGGCAAGAAGAAGCUGCUGCGUAAAUGCGAGAACAAACACAUUCCCAACCAGAUCGUCAACAUUCAGGGCAUGGGACAGCGUGUGUACGUGUCGGACGUGCAGGAAUCGGUGUACUGCAUCAAGUACAAACGGGCCGAGAACCAGCUCAUCAUCUUUGCCGAUGAUACACACCCACGGUGGAUCACAUCGGCCACACUGCUCGAUUAUGACACGAUCGCGACCGGUGAUAAGUUCGGUAACAUCUCAAUUUUACGCCUACCACAUUCAGUGUCGGACGACGUGGACGAAGAUCCGACCGGUAACAAAGCGCUGUGGGAUCGUGGCCUGUUGAAUGGCGCAUCACAGAAGGCGGAAAACAUUUGUACCUUCCAUCUGGGUGAAAUCGUGAUGUCGCUCCAGAAGGCAACACUUAUCCCGGGUGGUUCGGAAUCGCUUAUCUAUGCUACGAUGAGCGGUACGGUUGGUGCGCUGGUACCUUUCACGAGUCGCGAAGAUUUUGAUUUCUUCCAGCAUCUGGAGAUGCAUAUGAGGAACGAAAACCCACCAAUGUGUGGACGGGAUCAUUUGAGCUACCGGAGCUACUACUAUCCGGUGAAGAAUGUGAUGGAUGGCGAUCUGUGCGAGCAGUUCACCUCGCUCGAUCCGGCUAAGCAGAAGAGCAUUGCGUCGGACCUGGGACGGACGCCCAGUGAGGUAGCGAAAAAGCUCGAGGACAUCCGGACGCGGUAUGCGUUCUGAAUCUGCGCAGCUGGCUUCAUUUGUUGUCUCUGCCCCAUUUUCCGGUGCAUUUUCAUCUCAAACAUUGUCCCACAUCUUGUCCCCUGUAUUCAUCUGUCGUAUCAUGGCUGUUGUCCGUCGUAAAUGCUAGUUAAUAGGUUAUCCUUUGUUCAACUUUAUGCUGUGUGCUUAAUGUGUAAUCUGUUGGAGAAUAGAGGAGGAUCAUCUUCGAAGGUGUGAAUCAGUAUUGGAAUAAAAUCGACUUGCGCACCAUUUUGUAUGAACGAUAAUAUGGACAAUAGCACCUGGACUGAUUUUAUAAUUGCGUUAACAACGCAAUAUUAACAUGAUAGAAAGCCGUAUUUUUUACUUCCAAUCACUGCUGUUGCCAGUGUUCCACUGCAAACACUAAUUAAAAUGAUCAGCAAUAUGUCUCUUAUCCUAUGUACAAAUGGGCGCUUGAGAAAUAUUUUUUAGUUCAUAUCACCAUAUAUUUCAAUCUUGGCCUGUAUUGCUGUUGGGAAAAACAUCGUUCUUGCAAAGUACAGAAUCGACAUUUUGGUCAUGAAUUGAACGCACCCUAAUCUAAAUGAAUGGAAUGGACAUAGUAAGUAGUCGCCAACAAGCUUCUACUGGCACAGUAAUUCGUUUAAGAGUAAAUUGUUUCCUGUUUUUUGGGAAUGUAAAUUGGACAUUUGGAAAUCUUAAGAUACAGAAUGCACGCCAAACUUCAGUAACAUAGGAUGGAGAUAUAAUAUAUUCAACCCUUUCAUCAUUAAUCCUCCCUUCCCUUUCUGGGGGCGGCCGGUCGAAUAUUGGUAGCGCAUCACCAAUGCAUCACCAGCAUCACCCGAUGCGGCGCUGAAUGUGUUAACUCGAGUGAAUAAUAAAAUACAUUCUAAUAUAUUAAA